GGGCUACCCUCCUGUUCGAAGCGCGUCUCAUCAUUUUAUUGCAACUACUGAUCGUACUAUUCAGACCAGACAUUGCGGAUCGUGAAAAUAGAGUGAAACCCGUGUCGCCGCUAAAUCUGCGAAAUGAGUACGAUUUCGUGGUGGUUGGAGCUGGAUCAGCUGGAUCAGUGAUAGCCAAUCGGCUGUCAGAGAAUGGAAAUUGGACGGUGCUCCUGGUGGAAGCUGGGCCGGAUGAACCGGAACUCUCUGAUGUGCCUGCGAUGUGUCCGAUUCUGCAAUUGUCCCCUCUGGACUGGCAAUUCAAAACUGAAUCGUCGAACAACUAUUGUCAGGCAAUGUACAAGCAGCAGUGCAACUGGCCGCGUGGCAGGGUUCUCGGAGGUAGCAGUGUGCUGAACGCAAUGCUCUAUAUCCGUGGCAACAAGAAAGACUACGACAACUGGGAAAAAGAGGGAAAUCCAGGCUGGGACUACGACAGUGUGCUGCCUUAUUUUAAGAAGUCCGAAGACAUGAGGAUUGAAGAAUACCAAAAUUCGCCUUAUCACCACACUGGCGGUUACUUGACCGUUGAGCACUUCAGGUACCAAACUCCCAUGACCAAGUAUCUGGUAAAGGCUACCACAGAACUAGGAUACGAUGUCCUGGAUGUCAAUGGACCUACUCAAACCGGGGUCACCAUUUCCCAGGGUACUUUGAGAGACGGGUUACGAUGCAGUACUGCGAAAGCUUUCCUUCGGUCUGCUUCCAAGAGGAAAAAUCUGGAUGUGAGCAUACUCUCGACUGUGGAGAAGAUUCUGAUAAGCGAAGACGACGAUUCAAAGACAGCAUAUGGCGUCAAAUUUCGAGUAGGCCUGAUCAGCUAUACAGUCACAGCAAAACGCGAGGUCAUUUUAUCAGCUGGCGUUAUACAAUCGCCGCAAUUGCUCAUGCUGUCCGGUAUCG